GAACACACCAAAAUAAUUCUUCAACUCAAUAUCGGCUCUUCUUUGUAAGUCUUAAUUAGUAUUUCUUUGCAAAUUCAUAUAUAUGAACUACUCCUUAUAUAUACAUAUAUAAUUAUUUUGAUUUGUUUUCAUCAUUUCUCUGAAUUGGCUCAUCACUUUAAUAUCGCUUGCGACAUUUCGGUAAGCAUGCAUAUUAAUACCAAACUAUUUUCUAUAAACAACCAUAUAUUAUACUCGCCCCUUCCUCAACAAUAGUUUCUAGAAGAGAGUGACAUGAAUUUUAAUAAUUAUAGUUAAAGUGUAUUGGGAAUUUGGGAGUGAAGGACGACAUCCCCCGUAGUCAUGUUAAACUAAAUUAAAGUUGUUAUGGAGUGAAAUACAAUUACGAUAGUGACGUAUACAUUUUCAGGUUAAAGAUAUAUGGCAACAACUCUGGUGGACAGACGCAAUUCCAGGUUCAUUGUGGUGAAAUCAAAAGCAUAUAGUGAUAAAGGGCAUGCAUACUUCAAGGCAGAGGGCAGUGGUGGUGGGUCCGUAGUUCUGGGUGAAGCCGACGCGUUCAGCACGCUCGUGAAGAUGGAGGCCGAGCGAUCAACGAGCGACAAGCAAAUACAUCAGCCUGCGAUUUUGUUACUCCAAUAGAUAUUGGGCGCUCAAGGCGAACAGCAACUUGAUCGUGGCGGAGUCCGACCAGCCCGAAGAAGACACGACGAAGCCAACAUGUACACUGUUCGAGGCAGUUGAGGUAGAUGAUUUCUUCUACUUGAUUCACGUCCAGAGCGGAGGGCGUGUGUUGAUAGAUAGCCAAACCUUGAAUUUCUUGGUGAAAUCAGACGUGACAAGUGAUGAAGGUUACCUAACUUUUGUGGAUUGGGAUUCCCUAGUCAAACUGCCUCCGCGUGUGGCGUUCAAAGGGGAUAACGGAAAGUUUAUCAAAGUUGUGAGCGGCAACUUGCAGUUUGGAUCCGAGGAUCCUAACAGCCAAGAUUCGAUCCAGGUUGUCGAGCUGAGCCCGAAUGGAAAUGUCCGAAUAAGGUGGGAUUCGGGUAAUGGACAAAUGUAUAAUUACUGGACAGUAGACUAUUGUGUUAAUUCGUGGAUGGAUAUAUGCUCUUUAAGUGGGUACAAUCAAUUCUGGCCGGUCAAAUCGACGAAAACUCGAUCGCCCUCCGCAGCAAUUGAUAACAACAACUUCUGCCGGCGUCUCACCGUCGAUGGUGAUGGUGUGCCGGAUGGUCUGAGCGCGUCUGCUCCCACAAUCACAAAGGAUGCAAUAAUGCAGGUGCAAGAACUAGUGCUGGAUAGGAAGAUGAGCAACGUGAAGUACCAGAUGGAGUAUGGCCGGAUCUUCAACGAGCAGCCUUACCUGGCGGGGUCGUCUAAGCUGACCAACAACCUAGAUGAGGAGGCUUCUAUGGCAGUCUCGAUUACGUACGCAGACGAGAUGACUUCCACUUUUACCGGUGGCUUCUCGCUGACGGGCGGGUGUUUCCGCCUCUAUCGAAGCUGGCGUUCCCUUCAUCGAGAAAGCAACGAUUACAGUCAAUUACUCCGCAACUGCGACGUUCGAGUGGGCCACUGAAACCACAACUACAACAUCAAUUACGGCUUCUGGUUCAGUUCCUGUGCCUGGGAGGAGCACAGUUAUGGUUGAUUACGUGGGAACCAAGGGCACCUGCAAUAUUCCGUUUUCUUACACUCAGGCAGACAAGAGCUCCACCGACGGCCACACUACUUAUACUGACGUCACUGAUGGUACUUACACUGGCGUCAAUUGUUACAACUUCGACUUUCACGUCAGAGUAGUUGAGCCGCUUUGAACAUCAACUCUCUGCCUCUUCUUUAUCUUUAUUAUGCUAAUAAAAUCAUUUCCACACGAGUUUUAUUUAAUAUUGUAUCCAUCCUUUUCCACUACGGGUCUCCUCAAUGCUUUGUUUAAUGUUUUUGUAUUUCUAUUUCUUGUAAUUUUGUGUUGUUUGCAAUUUCUUCUUUUAUAUAAUAACGAGGAGGCAAGCCCACUAUUAUUGUUGUUAUUUUGAUGUUGUUGCAAUUUAAGAAUUUUAUAUAAUUAUUGUCUUUUAUAA